CAUUCUAGCAGAUCGAACACUGUUAAAAUGGACACAUACUUUGAAGCAGCAAAGGCAGCCCUGUAUUGUAUUACCAGCGGUUAUUUCAUGACCCGCAAAGGCUGAAAACCACCUGCAACGUUGCUUGGUCGUAGAACCUACCGAAUUCGGUAAUUUCUCUGCAACAUAUAAUUUAUACAAAGAGGAAGAAAAACUCCUGCGGUUGAUAAGAAGAACGUCAAGGGGUGUGCAUGAGCGUCUCCGUAUAUCAAGGCUCACUUGAGUAGUUGAUCAUGAACGAAUCUUUCCCUACCGCGACCAGCAUCGCGAUACUUGUAUUGCUACUUAUUGUUUGGAUGGUCUUUCAUAUUUUGCAAAGAUUAUUCUUCCAUCCACUCCGAUCAGUCCCAGGUCCUAUUCUCAAUAGGGUCUCAGAGUUUCCUGCCUUUCUCGCUUUAGUGACAGGGAAACAACAUGUAUACUAUAAGUCACUACAUAAUCAAUACGGUACAGUGGUACGAGUAUCUCCCAAUGAACUGAGCUUCGUUGGUGUGCAAGCUCGAGAGGAUAUCUAUGGAUUCCGGAAGGGCGGACUGCGCAUGGAGAAAAGCCCGAUAUUUCUUGGAGCGGUCGGAAACGUCGAUGGCCAGACUGGCGUGAGUUUAGCGCUUGACGCAGAGCACACUCGCCAGCGAAAGGCAUUAGGUUAUUUGUUCACGAACAAUGCACUACUCAAGUUUGAGGAUUUGAUUCAACUACAGAUCGACAAGUUCGUUGGCGUUCUUGACAGGAAGAUUACCGAGAACCGGUCCGUCGACUUAUCGAGUUGGUUCACCUACCUUGCGUUUGACAUAAUGGGCGACCUUUGCUUCGCAGAGCCCUUCGGAUGUUUGGACCAGGCAUCGGCUACAGACUGGUCUACCUCUGUUAUCAACGUUUUUGUGGCGGCUACCUGGACGCAGGGCAUCCGCCGGCUGUCUGGCACCGGUACGUGGCUUGAGUCUCUGAUGACCUGGCUGCUUGUUCCUACAAAUGCGGCCGAGUGGAGGAAAACUCAUCUGCAAAACUCGCGUGAGAAGACAAUCCAACGCUUGAACGAUCGGGAUCGCGACCACACUGAUUUCAUGUAUCACAUUCUUAACAGUGCAACUGAACAUUCGCUCUCUCAGACCGAAAUAAUUCUAAACAUUGCACUAUUCAUUAGUGCAGGGACAGAUACCACCGCUACAGCACUCACUGGCUGGGCCUACUUUGUUUGUACGAAUCCAAAUGUGUACCAACGUUUGAUAAGCGAAAUUAGAGGUGCAUUGGGUACGGAUGACGAUAUAAAAUGGGACAAGGUUCGGAAACUUCCCUAUCUUGAAGCGACGAUACAUGAAUCGUUGCGCCUAUUCCCUCCUUCGCCCGCGAGUCAGCAACGUGUAGUUCCCCGAGGUGGUGCCACAAUCAACGGCUUGCAUGUCCCCGAGGGCAUUACAGUUGCCGUUCCGCCCUGGGUGUCAACACAUUCACGUCUACACUUUAAGGAGCCCGAUGCAUUUCGACCGGAACGAUGGCUAGGUGAAGAUAAAGAUUACAUCAAUGAUCAUCUCAGUGCUUCUUUGCCUUUUGGCACUGGCCCUAGAGUAUGUAUCGGGAGAAAUCUUGCUUACAUGGAGAUGCGGCUUAUCACAGCACAUUUGCUAUGGAAGUUUGACCUUGAAAUUGAUAGGGGAGACUUUGGAAAGAAGAAUGACGUUUGGGGUUUAGAUGGCAAGAUGAAACCUAUGAAGGUAUUUCAUUCAAUGACCAAACCUGAGUUGUGGAUACGAUUGAACAAGGCGCAGGUAUGACGGUGUACGACUCUUAAUGGUCAAGGAAUCACUUGUCUUCAAUGAGACUCGUAGAAAGAUAUUGAAUUUAUGUAUCGGUAAUUA